CGUGCAGGCAGGCCAUGGCGUGGCUGGGCGAGCGGCUGCGCAGCCACGGGCGCCUGGCGGCCGGGCUGCUGCUCAACCUGCUGGUGUCCAUCUGCAUCGUGUUCCUCAACAAGUGGCUCUACGUGCACCACGGCUUCCCCAACCUGAGCCUGACGCUGGUGCACUUCGGCCUGACCUGGCUGGGCCUCUGGGUGUGCCAGAAGCUGGACGUGUUCGCGCCCAAGCGCCUGUCCCCGCGGCGCCUGCUGCCCCUGGCGCUCAGCUUCUGCGGCUUCGUGGUCUUCACCAACCUGUCUCUGCAGAGCAACACCAUCGGCACCUACCAGCUGGCCAAGGCCAUGACCACGCCCGUCAUCCUCGUCGUGCAGACGCUCUUCUACCGCAAGACCUUCUCCAGGAGGGUGCAGCUCACCUUGAUUCCUAUAACUUUAGGCGUAAUCCUAAAUUCUUAUUACGAUGUGAAGUUUAAUUUCCUUGGAAUGGUGUUUGCUGCUCUUGGUGUUUUAGUUACAUCCCUUUAUCAAGUGUGGGUAGGCGCCAAACAACAUGAGUUGCAAGUGAACUCCAUGCAGUUGCUGUACUACCAGGCUCCCAUGUCGUCUGCCAUGCUGCUGCUUGUUGUGCCCUUCUUCGAGCCAGUCUUUGGAGAAGGAGGACUCUUUGGUCCCUGGUCAGUUUCUGCUUUGCUUAUGGUGCUGCUCUCUGGAGUAAUAGCUUUCAUGGUGAACCUAUCGAUUUAUUGGAUCAUUGGAAACACUUCACCAGUCACCUAUAACAUGUUUGGACACUUCAAGUUCUGCAUUACUUUACUUGGUGGAUAUGUUUUAUUUAAAGAUCCACUGUCAAUUAACCAGGGUCUUGGCAUGCUCUGUACAUUAUGUGGCAUUCUUGCCUAUACGCAUUUUAAACUCAGUGAACAGGAAGGAACUAAGAGCAAAUUGGUACAGCGACCUUAAUUGGGUUUUCGUGGGAGAGGAAAAAAAGAAGACAGUUGCUUCUGUUUUAGCUAAAAAAUGUUUACAUGUGCAAGUUUCUUUCCAAGAAGAAAAACAAGUUGCAAAAAU